GUGCGACCCCGUGCCCACACCCACCGCACCCGCCACCGCCACCCGCGCCGCCGCGCACGAUGCGCAAGAGCGUCAUCCUCGCUGCGCUGCAGCCCAAGGCCGAGGGCGAGGGCAGGGCCUCGCCCGCGCCCAAGAACGGCGCCGACUGGGCGCGCUCCGUCACCGGCGGCGGCUUCGGCCCGCUGCUGGGCCGCAAGCCGUUCAAGGCGCCGCUGCCCGCCGGUCGCCGCAGCGCCAAGGGUGCCGCCGCCGAGGACCUCUCCGGCGGCCGCAAGCGCAAGCGCGUCAACUACACCGGCAUGGGCGGCGGCGAGGACGACGGCGACGGCGACGCGGCCGAGAGCUCGGACGCAGAGGAGGCCGUGGCGAAGAAGCCCAAGGGCAAGCCGGGCGUGUUCGGCAAGGACGGCAAGAUGACGAGUCUGGAGGGCGUGUACAAGGGCAUCGACGCGCGCGGCGUCUCGCUCAACGUCGACAACCGCAAGUGGCAGGUCUUCAAGCCCAAGGACGGCGCCAUCAAGCGCCGCUUCAACGUGCCGGUGAUGCGCGCCAAGGACGGCGCCAUCAUCGAGACGCGCAUGAGCGGCGCGUCGCUCGGCACGCGCAAGCCCAUCGAGAUCCCGCCGCGCCCGCUGCACGACCCGAUGGGCGAGCAUGCCAUCGUGCUCUUCGACCCGACGGUCGACGACGUCGAGGCCGAGCGCGAGAAGGAGCGGCUGCGCCGCGAGCGCCUCGCGGCGGAUGCGCUCGCCAAGGCGGAGGGCGGCGUGGAGCCGGAGAAGCCGGCGGGGCCGACGCCGCACAAGAGCCUGGCGGAGCUGCUGGGCCUGCGCAGCAAGGACGACAAGAAGAAGGUCGUGGAGAAGGUGCCGGUGGUGAUCGAUCCGCGUCUGGGCAAGGUGCUCCGACCGCAUCAGGUCGAGGGAGUCAAGUUCCUGUACCGCUGCGCGACGUCGCUCAUGGAUGAGCACGCACAAGGCUCGAUCAUGGCCGACGAGAUGGGCCUGGGCAAGACGCUGCAGUGCAUCGCGCUCAUGUGGACGCUGCUCAAGCAGUCGCCGAUCCCAAACAAGCCGACGAUCGACAAGUGCAUCAUCGCGUGUCCUUCCAGUCUCGUGCGCAACUGGGCUAACGAGCUGGUGAAGUGGCUUGGCACAGCCGCGCCCGGCGCGUUCGCGCUUGAUGGCAAGUUGUCGAAAGACGAGAUGGUGCUCGCUGUUCGCCGCUGGGCAGACGCGAAGGGACGAGGCAUCGUGCAGCCAGUGAUGAUCGUCUCAUACGAGACGCUGCGCAACAUCGCUCCCGAGCUGGCGAAUUGCGAGGUCGGCUUGCUGCUGUGCGAUGAGGGACACAGACUGAAGAACGCAGAGUCCUUGACCUAUGUCGCGCUGGACAAGAUCCCUGUCAAGCGCCGUGUCGUGCUCACGGGUACACCAGUGCAGAACGACCUCACAGAAUACUUCUCGCUGGUCAAGUUCGCCAAUCCCGACCUGCUCGGCGGCCGUCUGGAGUUCCGCAAGGCAUUCGAGAUUCCUAUCCUCAAGGGCCGCGACUCGAACGCGUCCGAGAAGGAGCAGCAGGUCGGCAUCGCCAAGCUCGGCGAGCUGUCCGCCAUCGUGAGCAAGUUCAUCAUCCGGCGCACGAAUGACCUGCUCUCGAAGUACCUGCCCGUCAAGCACGAGCACGUCGUAUUCUGCAAGAUGUCGCCGCUGCAGCUCGCCUUGUACCAGCUCUUUGUUAAGUCGCCCGAGACGCAGAAGCUGCUGCGCGGCAAGGGCUCGCAGCCGCUCAAGGCCAUCUCGAUCCUGCGCAAGCUCUGCAACCACCCGGACCUGCUGAACCUGCCCGACGACCUGGCCGGCUGCGAGCGCCUGCUGCCGAGCGACUACACGCCGCACGACCGCCGCAACGUGCACGCGGAGCACAGCGGCAAGAUGGUCGUGCUCGAGCGCUUCCUGCAGCAGAUGCGCAAGACGAGCAACGACAAGAUCGUCCUCAUCUCGAACUUCACGCAGACGCUCGACAUCUUCGAGAAGAUGUGCCGCCUGAAUCGCUGGGGCUCGUUCCGCCUCGACGGCACGAUGGCCAUCAACAAGCGCCAGAAGCUCGUCGACCGCUUCAACGACCCCGAGGGCGCCGAGUUCGUCUUCCUGCUCAGCUCAAAGGCCGGUGGAUGCGGUCUCAAUCUCAUCGGCGCAAAUCGUCUCGUGCUGUUCGAUCCUGACUGGAACCCGGCCUCCGACCAGCAGGCGCUCGCGCGUGUCUGGCGUGACGGACAGAAGAAGUCUUGCUUCGUGUACCGCUUCAUCGCGACUGGCAGCGUGGAAGAGAAGAUCCUGCAGCGCCAAUCGCACAAGCAGUCGCUGUCGUCGUGCAUCAUCGACGGUCAGGAGGACGCCGACCGGCACUUUUCGCGCGACGACCUGCGUGCGCUCUUCGAGUUCAAGCAAGACACGCAGUGCGACACGCAUGACACGUACAAGUGCAAGCGCUGCAAGAACGGCCGCCAGAACGUCAAGGCGCCCGCCAUGCUGUACGGCGACACGGCCACCUGGAACCAUUACCAGAACGAGGAGCUGCACAACCUCCACGACGACCUGCUCCGCAGCGAGAAGGUGCACGACGAGGUCUCGAUGUGCUUCCAAUACGUCAGCCACUAGUCUCCGCCGCUCUCUCCAUGUCUCCUCGCACACGUCCCGUCCCCACCGCAAGGCUCCGCUACACCACACAUACUGCCCGUCGCAUCCUCCACGUCACACGCCAGUCACUUGCCCAUGUAUCAAUGAGACCCGCAUCUGCUCAC